GAUUGACGGGGGAAAUGGGCGGGGAAAAAACCGCCCCGCCCCUUUAGGCCUUUUUGCAUGCCAUUUGCAUACUUCGUUUGAAAAGUGAGCAGGCAGCAAAGGGUUAAAUUGCAUCAGGAAAGAGAAUGGAAGCUCCUCCAGUAGUGGAAAAAACUAUCAAGCCAAUCGAUCGCAGAUCAGUUCAUCAGAUCUGCUCAGGCCAAGUGGUGCUGAAUCUAUGUACUGCUGUAAAAGAGCUGGUGGAAAACAGCCUCGAUGCUGGCGCUACUAACGUCGAAGUGAAGCUUAAAGAUUAUGGAGCGGGUCUUAUUGAAGUCUCUGAUAAUGGUUGUGGUGUAGAAGAGGAUAACUUUGCAGGCUUGACGCUGAAACAUUAUACUUCCAAGAUCCAAGACUUCUCUGACCUCAUCAACGUGGAAACGUUUGGUUUUCGAGGUGAAGCUCUGAGCUCUCUGUGCGCAUUAAGCAAUGUUUCCAUUGUCACUUGUCACAAGUCUUCCAAUAUUGGGACCCGGCUGGAGUUUGAUCACAGCGGGAAGAUCACUCGGAAAGUCCCAUUCUCCCGGCCACAGGGGACCACCGUCAGUGUCCAGCAGCUGUUUCAUACUUUGCCGGUUCGACACAAAGAAUUUCAGCGUAACAUAAAGAAGGAGUUUGCCAAAAUGGUCCAGAUACUGCAAGCAUAUUGUAUCAUUUGCACUGGGGUUCGCAUUAACUGCACCAACCAAGUUGGCCAAGGAAAGAAACAGGCUGUGGUGUCCACCAGCGGAAGUUCUACUUUAAAAGAAAACAUUGGUGCCAUAUUUGGACACAAACAGGUGCAAACCCUGAUUCCCUUCGUACAGCUGCUGCCCAGCGAAGAAGUCUGCGAAGAAUACGGCUUGAAUGUUUCUGCUCUACCCACUAAGCUUUAUACCAUCGCAGGAUUUGUUUCGCAGUGCAAUCAUGGUGAUGGGAGGAGCGCAACGGAUAGGCAGUACUUUUUUAUUAACCAGCGGCCGUGCGACCCCGGAAAGGUUUCCAAAGUUGUAAAUGAGGUCUAUCAUAUGUAUAACAGGCACCAAUAUCCAUUCAUUGUUCUUAACGUCUGUGCAGAAUCUGGAUGCGUGGACAUCAACGUGACUCCGGAUAAAAGGCAGAUCUUGCUCCAGGAAGAAAAGCUUUUAUUAGCAAUUCUAAAAACAUCACUGAUGGCGAUGUUUGGCAGUGACGUUAAUAAAUUGGUGGUGAAUCAAAAGCUGACCUAUGUUGAAGGGAACUUGGAAAGCUUCCUCCGAAACGAGAAAGAAGUGUCUCCUUUGGAAUCGUCUACCAGUCCUUUGCCUCCAAAUCGGGGUGAGAAAUCAGAAAUAAUUGCUCGUCUGAAGGAAUCAUUUUCUCGAGGGAAAACCUCUGCUUUUCAGGAGACCGAAAAGGCCCAACCGAAACACAGGCCCGCCAACCAAGGAAUGUUCCAGAUGUUCGCCGCUUUCUCCGCCUCUCCCCGAAAGAAAAUUCUUCCCAGCGAGGAAUCUGAAGACGGAAGCAAGGUGGAUUCUGGGGAUUCCAUGUUUGCAGGCAGGAAGUUGGAGAAAUCGAAUGAAGAUACGGACUCUGGUUUGGGGAGCGUCUCCGCCGAGUCUGAUGGGGGUUUGAGCACCCCAGAAACGGGCGUCCAUUUUAGAGCCGAAAGCGCUGUGGGUUCUUCCAAUCGAGAGCCCCGUUGUUUGGGCGCAGAAAUCCAGAGCAGCGAAUGUGGAUCUAGCGGCCUUUCCUGCCCCUCCGAACCAAACCGGAGUGAAGAAGAUGGCUUCUCUCAACGAGCCACUUCACCCCCUAAAGCAAAACGUUUUAAGAUCCUUCAGUCUCUUUCACCAAAAGCCAAUUUAUCAGCAGCAACCCCUGAGCAGGAUUCUGGCGCGCAGCCCUUGUACGACAUCCCAGUCAAAAUGGAAAAGAGGACGGUGCCUUUAGCCUUCUCUUGGAGCACCUUGACGGACCGGAUCCAGAGGCAAAUUAAGCGCCAGGAGACCGAAGGAGAAAUGUUGAAAUUCAGACAAUUCAAGGCAAAGAUUAGCCCGGAAGAAAACAAAAUGGCGGAGGAUGAAUUAAGAAAGGAAAUAAGGAAAGAGAUGUUUGCUAAAAUGGAUAUCGUUGGCCAGUUUAAUCUGGGGUUUAUCAUCGCCAAGCUGAAAUCGGACCUCUUCAUCAUCGAUCAGCACGCUACCGACGAAAAAUACAACUUUGAGAUGCUGCAAGAACACACGGUCCUGCAGGGGCAGAAGCUGAUCCAGCCUCAAAAUCUUAAUUUAACUGCUGUGAGUGAAAGUAUCUUGAUGGAUAAUCUGGAGAUUUUCCAAAAAAAUGGAUUUGAUUUUGUGGUUGAUGAAAACGCUCCUGUAACUCAGAGAGUGAAGCUCAUAUCUUUACCAACCAGCAAAAACUGGACUUUUGGUCCUCAGGACGUAGAAGAAUUGAUCUUUAUGUUAAGCGAUUCUCCGGGAAUCAUGUGCAGGCCCUCCAGAGUAAGGCAAAUGUUCGCCUCUCGAGCGUGUCGAAAAUCCGUGAUGAUUGGAACCGCCCUCACCGCCGGUGAAAUGAAGAAACUGAUUUCUCACAUGGGUGAAAUUGAGCAUCCUUGGAAUUGUCCGCACGGAAGGCCCACCAUACGGCAUUUAGUCAACCUGGACCUCAUUACACAAGAGUGACAGGCUGCUAGCACUUACUUUAUUGUGGAACGCAACCGCAGUCUCAUUUUAGAAUCAUAAGCUGUCACAAAGCUCUCGAUUUUGCUGGACCAGAAGCUUAAAUAAUGGUUUCAUGUUGCAAAAGAAGAACAUGUGGUUUUUUCUUUUCUUUUUCUCUCUUUCUCUCAAAUGGUUCAUAUAGACACAAUAACUUUCCAUCUCCUGCCCUCUGAAAAAAGACUUUUCACAUUUUUGUUUAAAAAAAGCAGCCAGAAAAUAGAGAUUUUUACCCGUCCACCCCCCCAAAUGGACUUGUUUUACGGCUACCUUUGUGGAAAUAUUGGCUUUCUGUCCAUUUUAUCGAUUUCCUCUAGACAGGAAGAAUUAAGUGCACAUAACUGACUUUUUAGAGGAUUUCCUGUUUUAGAGCAGACCUGUUUUAUAAAUAAAGAUUUUUUUAAAAAAA